UUCAGAAUAUCUUCCUAAUAAAGAGUGAUUGAGAUUUCACAACUUUAGCAAAACAAAGCUUAACAAUAAUAAUGGUUGUUUUUAACUUGUUUGUGAAUGUGAUGUCAAAAGCAUUUAUUCUAUAUUUCUAUGUCGCAACGAGUUGUCCUCUAUAGUAAUAAAAUUGAGUAGGCUAUAUAAACUCAAAACAAUAACUUUAUCCAAGUGGAAUGAAUGUAGGAUAUUUCAUAUUUGUUUUAAUAUCUGGUUGCCUGUUUACUUUGGCAAGAUCAAUUUUAAUUAAGUUACAUUCACCUUUGUUUGGAUUCUUCAGUGAGAUUUUAUUGUAUAUGUUUGAGGUCCUUAUGGAAAAUGGUAUGGCGUGCCAGGCUAACUUGCAUGUACUUCAGGCUUGACCUAUUCUAUUACCUCAACAACCAAUUACUGACUCUCUACCACUAACUUUAUCCAUUCUUCUUCAACACCAAUUUACCAUUUAUAUAUAUAUGAUUGUUUUCCAGUUGAUCUGUGUAUAUUGCGAUACUGUUAUCUUCUGUAUUUAACUUUGCUGCUGUUAUUUUACGCGAAAUAUUAAGACGUCUGUUGUAAAGUGAGUUGGAAGCAAAUCAGGAGAUGACAAUGAAUCCUGAAUAUGACUACCUGUUUAAACUUCUCUUGAUUGGAGACUCGGGUGUUGGAAAGUCAUGUUUAUUGUUGAGAUUCGCUGACGACACAUACACAGAGAGUUACAUAAGUACCAUCGGUGUCGACUUUAAAAUAAGAACCAUUGAACUUGAUGGGAAAACUAUAAAGUUACAAAUCUGGGACACAGCGGGUCAAGAAAGAUUUCGAACGAUUACCUCAAGUUACUACAGAGGUGCACACGGGAUUAUUGUUGUCUAUGAUGUAACAGACCAGGAAUCUUUCAACAAUGUAAAGCAAUGGUUACAAGAAAUCGACCGCUAUGCGAGUGAAAAUGUAAAUAAAUUACUUGUCGGAAACAAAUGUGACUUAACCACAAAGAAAGUAGUGGAUUAUACGACUGCUAAGGAAUAUGCCGAUACUUUAAAAAUUCCGUUCCUUGAGACGAGCGCAAAGACAGCGAAUAACGUUGAACAAGCCUUCAUGACAAUGGCUGCUGAGAUAAAGAAUCGAAUGGGACCCGGUACUGCUGCUUCACCUGGACAAAGCAACAAAGUUGAUAUUUCCAGCAAACCUGUUGACGGCAAGCAAGGAGGGUGUUGUUAAAUGUGUUGUCCUUAUGUUGCAUUACCACAGUGUCAUUCCUCAACCCGGUCGCUUAGAUUAGUAUUCAACAUUCAUUUAAUUACCUACUUUCAUUGGAAUCAACAAAAACCGACGUAUUAAUAUAAUAUAUAUGCUAUUUAUUGUUAUUAGUUUUCACACUUUGCGCUUGACAACGAUAGUCAAACUGUUGAUGGUGAUUUUAAUUAACUUCACACAUGAUCAUACUUCAUCAAUUUUAACUUGAGCCACAUAUAGAGUGUGGUUUAACAUUUGAAGCGUUCAGUAUAACAUGGUAUGCACGAAACUCCCAUGUUCAAUCUAAAUUAAACAUCUGGUUUGCUUCAUACUCUCAUUGUACAUUUUUACACUUUGUACCAUGUUCUAGGAAAUAUGGCAGCAAUACAAAUGUUACUCUAUGUUAUUCCACUUAUUUGAAGGUUUUAUCCCAUGCACAUUAUAUCAGUGGUCGUAAUUAAUAUGACAUUUCUAUAACAAAACACAUGGGCGCUAAAUAUUGUCAAUUUUGCCCUAGGUGAAAAUCUGAAUACUCUUGUGUAAAUUUUUGUGCAAAAUAUUCUAACUUUUCUGUCCUUGCUCCAAUUGAUCCUUGAUUAAAGUUAAUGUGAUAAUUGCAAAAGGCCUGUGCGGUUGUUAUUAUCGUGUGGUUACUUAGUGCUUAAACCGUAUACUAAGCCUUGUUGUAUGUGAGGAUAUUUGAAAAUAAAGUCUUUAACUUAAAAAG